ACACACACAAACACACACACACACAUUUGGGCGGCACAGACCUAUACAGAGGCGUGAGAGCUUUGCACUAGGCAAGGGAGACUCAGCCAGAGGAGAGACACUUUCUGCUGGAGACGUCAUGGCAGGUGUGAGCCGGCUGCGCCUGCUCCUCGCUGGGGCUCUCGUGCUCCUGCUGCUGCUGCUGCUUCAGGCUAGACCCUGCUGUGCAAGCACAGCCAGCCACGGUGAGGACGCUGCGAGCCAAGGUGAUACAGUUGACCAUAACAAUACCGGGGCACAUGGCGAGACAGAAGGCCAUGAGUCCACUGACAAUGGAGGUGAGCAUGGUGCGGCGAACAUCACCACUCUGCCCAUCGUCAUCUGGAAGUGGCACCAUGUGUCGAUUCCGUACAUUGUGGCUCUGUGGAUUCUAGUCUGCUGGCUCUGCAAGUUAGUGUUUGAGCUGGACCAUCAUGUGACCAGCGUGUUCCCCGAGAGUGGACUGCUCAUUAUCAUCGGCUUCGUCCUGGGCGGGAUUGUGUGGGGCGCAAACAACGUCCAGACCUUCACACUGACGCCCACCGUCUUCUUCUACUACCUGCUGCCCCAGAUCAUCCUGGACACCGGCUACUUCAUGCCCAACAAGCUCUUCUUCAGCAACCUAGGCGCCAUCCUCAUCUAUGCCAUCAUCGGAACGUGCUGGAACGCGGCUGCCGUGGGGCUCUCUAUGUGGGGCUGCUACCUAGGGGGCGCCAUGGGUGAUCUCAACAUCGGCCUGCUGCAGUUCCUGCUCUAUGGGAGCCUGCUCUCCGCUGUGGAUCCUGUGGCUGUGAUCGCCGUGUUUGAGGAGGUGCACGUCAAUGAGGUCCUCUUCAUCCUGGUCUUCGGAGAGUCACUCCUCAAUGACGGGGUCACAGUGGUGCUUUACAACGUUUGUGAUGCUUUCGUGUCCCUGGGAGCGGCUAACAUCGAUGCUGUGCAAAUCAUCAGAGGCAUAAUCUCGUUCUUCGUGGUGGCUUUCGGAGGGGCCCUGGUGGGUGUGGUGUUUGCCAUCCUGCUCUCUCUACUCACCAGGUACACCAAGAACAUCCAGAUCAUUGAGGCCGGCUUCAUCUUUGUGCUGGGCUACCUGUCCUACCUGACCGCAGAGAUGCUCUCCCUCUCAGCCAUCCUGUCGAUAACAUUCUGUGGGGUGUGCUGCCAGAAGUACAUCAAUGCCAACAUGGACGAGAGGUCCGUGAUCACAGUGCGCUACGUGAUGAAGGUGUUUGCCAACGGCUCCGAGACCAUGAUCUUCGUCUUCCUUGGCAUCACGGCCAUCGAUAAAGCCAUCUGGGUGUGGAACACUGGCUUCAUCCUGCUCACCAUCUUCUUCAUCCUCGUGUACAGGGUCAUGGGUGUCUUCUUCUUGACGUGGAUCUUGAAUAAGUACCGCCUGGUGCCCAUCAGUCUCAUUGACCAGGUAGUGAUGUCGUACGGUGGCCUGCGAGGAGCGGUGGCCUACGGCCUGGCUGUGAUGCUCAAUGAGAAGAAGAUCCCCGAGAAGAACCUCAUGAUCAGCACCACGCUCAUAGUCAUCUACUUCACUGUGAUCUUACAGGGCAUCACCAUGAAGCCUUUGGUGCAGUGGCUGAAGGUGAAGAGAGCGGAACACUCUGAUCUCAAGCUGGUGGAGAAAGUCAACAACAGAGCUUUUGAACACAUACUGUGCGCUGUAGAAGACAUCUGUGGACAGAUCGGAGACAACUGGUGGACCAGAGGGUGGAAUCGUUUCGAGGAUAAGUACAUCAGCUGGUUAUUAAUGAAACCCAAAUCCAGGAAGACUAGAGAUUACCUGUUUGGCAUUUUUCACAAGCUCAACCUGGAGGACGCCAUGAACUACGUCUCAGAGGGUGAGCGCAGGGGCUCUCUGGCGUUCUUGCGGGGCAACGAUGACGCCCAGGUGGACUUCAAGAAGAAAUUUGGCAAAGACAUUGAGGACGUUAUGCCAGACAUCAUGGUGGACACGGAUCAUGUACCUAUGUCUUCCAUCUUGCAGGACACCAUACCCUCUGUGUCUCUGGACCUUCACGAGCAGGACAGUCAGGGCAAAAUGGAGGGAGACGCCCAUAACUUGCUUCAGCAGCACCUGUACAGGAGCAGGAAACAGCACCAUCACAAGUACAGCAGGAGCAACUUCAGCAUUAACCAGAACGAAGACGAGGUCCAGGAGAUCUUCCAGAGGACAAUGAGGAGUCGAUUGGAGUCCUUUAAGUCGGCUAAGAUGGGCGUCGCACCGGGCAAGAUAAUCACCAAGCACCCACAGAAGGAGCGACAGCAAAAGAUGGCCAAUGGAAACCCCACAAACAGAAGCAAAAGCCAUCCCUAUGGCGAUGAAGAUUUCGAGUUCUCGGUCUCAGAAGGGGACAGUGCAUCAGGAGGCGAGGGGGCCACAGCGGGCGGAUACUCCUUCAGGUUACCACCCUACACUGUGGGAGCUGGGAUUGAGAACCCCGCCUUCAUGCCUGAGAUGGACACACCCCAUCCGAUGCGCCCCCCGCCGUGGCUGAGUGAGCCCGAGAUGGACGUGACGGUGGCGCCUUCCCAGCGUGCUCAGCGGCGGCUGCCCUGGACGCCCAGCCAAAUCCACCGGCUGGUGCCCCUGCGGGUCAGCACGCGCUCCGAGGACUCCUUCGUCAUGGCCGACGUCCUCAGCCCAGAGGAGGAACCCAAAGAUCCUCCGCCCGGCCAGGAUGGGAGCCGCCUGUAACAGGCUCCGCCCAAGAGCAGAGGUGGACACCCCGGCCACAGAAGUCCUGCCAUUGUAUUCCUUCUGCCUGCCCUAUGCACUUAACACAAGUGAUAUCUCCAAUUAGCUGAUCGUCCUGGCCGUAGACUUUCUAAUUAGGAGACACAGCACUCAAAGAAUCCUCCA